AUGGGUAAGGGUACUCCUUCCUUCGGUAAGCGCCACUCGAAGAGCCACACGCUCUGCCGCCGCUGCGGUAACCGCUCGUUCCACAAGCAGAAGCACACCUGUGCUCAGUGUGGCUACCCCGCGGCCAAGCUCCGCUCGUACAACUGGGGCCUCAAGGCCAAGCGCAGAAAGACUACCGGCACUGGCCGCUGCGCCAACCUCAAGUCGGUCCACCGCCGCUUCAAGAACGGCUUCCGUGAGGGUGGUGCCGCCGCCAAGAAGGCCCAGCCUGCUUCGGAGUAA